AGACUCUAAUUCCGAGAGUGAUGUCGUCUGUUGCAGUAGCCGCAGUAUUUACACUCUGUUGUUUCCUGUGUUUCAGACUCACUGCCAGCCGUAAGUUUCUCGAGUUGAACAAAACUAUAUAAUGUAAUGUACUUGGCUUUCUCUGAUAAACUCGACGAGGUUUUUAUUGAACGAUUUCAGUCUAUCUAGUCAGCACGACCAAAAUAAAGAAUUCGUGUAGCCGUGUUGCAGUCCUGCGCGACAAAAAUUAGCAGUAAUUAUGCAUGCUUAAUUUAGCGCGAGGGUUCGUUUCUCGAUUUCAGGCAGACACUGGUGCACAAAAAUUAUCCAUACUACCGAUGACUGGCGUGAUAAUUCAGUCUACAGCCAGCGGCUUUCGACAUAGUUAACAAGACGUACAUGAGUAGAGCAUCGUUCAUGUCAGUAGACAAAGCAUGCAUAUUAACCCACCCGGUUUAAGAGCCUUUGCUAACCCCCUCCGCCCCCCGCCCCACCACUUGAUAGUUCCUCCUCUCAUUUUAAGAGACUUGUCCAAAAAAAGCAGAUGAAUCCAUAAAAAUCUUCAUUUCAGGGAGGAGGGUUUGAAGUACGGGAGGGGAAGGGUAAAAAAAAGAGGACCUUGUUCCCUUCCGGCCCCAUUCACAUCGUUUUAUGUAGGCCUUUCUCUCCCAACUCAUAAGUUUCAAUAAGGUCGCCGUAGAGGCAAAGUCAUUUGAGAGAAAAUGUGCAUAGCUUAAAACGUUCGCAGUUUAUUAUCUUGUAACUGCUGCUUUGUCCGGCCGUGCUAGAAAUUAAAAAGGCACCUCUCCCUUUUAGAACCAAAAUUUACAAAGGAGCCUCCUAUUACUGUGUCUGCAAGUUUGGGAUCCAGUGCCAUAUUUUCGUGGGAUUUCAGUUUUGGAACGUCGGUUAAGUUUGAAAGAAUCAUUUGGGGAGAAACGGAUACAAACCGCAACCAGAUUCGGAAUAAAUACAUCACCAUUUUUAAAGACCGGAGAGAAGCUUUCAACUCAGAACUCGAUGACUCAUUGACAUCCAGAUUGAGCUGGGCGGGAAAUAUCAGUAAACAUGACUGUCAGGUUGAGUUCAUCUUAAAGAAUGUCACCAAAUUAGAUGAAACUGCCACUUACGGUUGUGUAGCGUAUGUGGACGGGUCAAAUUACAGGAGUGGUCCUAUAAAACUGGCCGUUCUCAGUGAGUAUGAGCAUUCUCAAUGGUUUACCGGUGUUAAAUUUAAGCCAGAUAACUUGGUUUUAUCAUUCACUCUGAUGAAGGGCUAACACUCGAAACGCUAGUUUAAGAAAUUGUUUUCGGUGGCUGAUUCACUUUACGAAAUCAAUGAAUAAAUAGGGAAUAAUACAUGGGUGCGGGGAGAUAUGGAACUUCUCUUAGUAAUAUCUUCCAAUGAUCGAUUUUUGUUCUCAGCCGCGAGAAAUUGAACAUUACUAAAAUCACUGAGUUCAUAACUCGGUUUUUCUCUUCGUAGUCUGGUUUUCUUCCCCUUCUAGAAACCUUUGAACGUCACUGUCUAUAUGCGAUAGGAAUUUUUCUGUGUUUUAGCAGCCAUCAUCCAAGAAAAACUCACCCGACAAACGAAGUCAGCUUGAGAAUGGUGCAUGAAAGCUUUGCCGUUCUUUCGUCAAUAUGACAGAGUGGCAAGAAAGGCGAGUGACGUGUCUUAGCUGAUUGACCGUGACAUCAAACACACGUGAAAAGUUAGCGUAUUUUUUCACGUGUGUUGUUACAGCAUUUAUCAGGGCUGGACUUUCUUUGUAGUACACACCAUCAGAAUUUCUUUAGAAACCUAUCCCGUUUAUUUCAACGCGAUAUUUCGUACUCGUUCCUCGUGAGAAGAGCGGAGCGGAGUUGGAGUAAAAUAUUACGUAACGUACUAAAGUAAAUGAUAUAACUGACCAUAUUUUGUUGUUCCCUCGCCUACAUUGUUUUAGUUCCACCGACCAUAACCGAUCGAUCCAAUAAGACUAUUGAUGUUGAAGAAGGAGUUAACGUCACACUACAUUGUGACGCAAAAGGUGACCCUACCCCAGGUGUCCUAUGGGUCAAAGAUGAUAAAACGCUACAAAACGGCACCUCAACGUCUACGCUUCAAAUUCCAAGAAUAGAAUUGCGAGAUGCUGGAACUUAUGUCUGCACAGCAGCGAACCAAGCUGGCUCCGCGAGGUACAGCGUUCAAGUGAGGGUCGUACGAUGUAAGUUAACUGAAAUUAACUCCUUUUCUCCGAAGUACAUUCAAUACUCAUAUCAGCUUGUUCAAAUCCCUUACAGAGUUAAGAUUUAAGUAUGUACCCGUGAGUCAUAGAAACAGGAAAGAGGAUUAAAGCAGGUAUAUCAUGUGCUUUGCGCUUUCGCUAACUUUAAAAAAUUGAAAAAGACGUAGUAGAGCAAUUUCAUGUAAAUUAAGAGAAUUACAUUUUCACGAGAAACUUCACGGCACGUAGACCCCCAUCGAAACUUUCAGUACUUGCUGUUACAUUUUAUGCAUGCAGCUGAAAAUUUUCCCGAUGUUUCUGAUGAUACCAUGAGCUCUAACUACAUUUUAAUAAUCGCAAAGCCGAUAAACUUCUUCACAUUGGACUCUUGGGAGUCUGGUUUCCAGAGUUACCUGGGACCUCCUCCAAACCCUCGUAAGAAGUAGAAAAGUGGCGGUCAAUAAUAAAAAUGCAUUGUGGGAUACUCCAAAACCAUCAUAGGGAGCCGAGAUAGGAUAUCUCUAUCAACAAAAUCGGUCUAUCCCCCACCCCGUCCAAGCAUUGCACCAUUUUUUGUUUCUGAAACAAAUUCUUAUUUCAGAUAAACCUUACAUUAACAAGACAGCAACUACAGAUCCUCUUAUAAAAUCCUGGAUUAACCACACGACAACCUUAAAGUGUGCAGUAGAUGCUAAUCCGUCUGCAAAUUUUACCUGGUUAAAACAUGGUCAACCAAUCUUAGCUGGGGUUAACUUCAUGCAUGACAUGAGUACACUAAGGCUGAUUCCAAAGACUAUGGGCGACUUUGGUUUGUACUCGUGUAAAGCUGAAAACGAGAAAGGGUCAAUGGUAUAUAAUAUUACAGUGGAGCGCCUCUGUAAGUGUUAACACUAUUAUUUACUUUUAGCUUUUUCUAUUUCCGUCACUGCUGAAAGUCUCCAAAAUACAUUUUAUAUUAAUUGUAAGUUUACUGGCGCUACGUUUUGGAAUUUACCUAAUCCACUUCCUGUAAGUUUCUAAUGAAAUUUCAUCGUUUUUCGAUAUUUCUUCGUAUUGCCAACACUGCUGCAAUACAGGACUAAGAGAGCAAAUCGUUCAAACAUCCUGAAGGAUUCCUUAGCAUUCCAAAGAGUUUGAGGCUCUUAUUUCUGAUGGUUUGGCCUCAUGAUAAGGCCUUAAAAGAAAGAAUUAGAGCAGGGUUUAUCUCUUGCCAGUUUUGUUGGACUUCCAUGAUCCUCAAGAGUGCUUUUCGACUGAAUAUCAUAAACCAAAAUGAUCAUUACAGCUAAUUCUGACAUGAAAGUGUCAGUAAGAAGCAGCUAAUGCUGACCAUGAAAGCGUCAAUAAGAAUCUAACGUAGGUGUGUGUUACUGGCUGUUACUGGAGGGGGAGGGCGUUUACGACCCCAGUCAGAAAACGCGGUGCAAUAAAACCAGAGACGACCCUUCAAAAUCAGUGAUUUCUUUCGGAAGGCAUUUGAAAAUUGCUCUGCUUCACCUAAGGUACAUGAUUGUUAACUUUUAUCUGUCAUGAAAUCAAUUUUACUAUUAAAUAUUUUUUUAGACUCACCGGGGCCGCCCGUAAUAAACAAAUUUACCUCAGACGUGCUGUCCGUCAAUGUGUCAUGGGAUGCACCACAAGACGACACCGAUGGUGGUAUAUUUGAUUACAAAAUUACAAUACUUGAGGAAAACUACCUAAUGACACAGCAGCAUCAUGGAAUUAAACAAACGUUCUUCAGCUUUCAAAAUCUGAAACAAAACAGAUCUUAUAUCGUUUUUUUACAAGCAAGAAAUAUUGUAGGUUAUGGAGAGUCCGCAAAUGGCACUGUUAGAACGCUUGAGGCAGGUAAGGAAUACGAAUUUUGUCAAUUAAACAGCUUGUCAUCGCCUGUGACAUAAACAGCUAGUACGUCAGUUAGUCAAUCGGCCAGAGAGCCAGCCAGCCAGCUUUCCAGUAAGUCAGCCAGUAAUUGUGAGUCAGUCAUACAGUCAGUCAGUUAGUCAGCCAGUCAGUCAGUAGGUCAAAAUAAUUUUGGUUUUAUCAACUGAGUUGGUAAUGUAAAUUGGCCACCGUAAAGAGUUUCAAAGCUGAAGUUUCAUGCGUUAGCCCUUCGUCAGAGCGAUAGACGCAGCAGAACAAUUUCUGCAGAAACUUACCCCCUCUAUUCACUAGUCAGUCAGCCAGUCAGCCAAUUAGUCGGUCAGUCAGUCGGUCUGUCAGUCAUUCAAUAAGUCAGUCGGUCUGUCAGUCAUUCAAUAAGUCAGUCAGUCAGUCAGUCAGUCAGUUGGUCUGUCAUUCAGUCAGUUAAUCGUUUAGUUUAACGUAACCAUUACUUAAGUCAGUCUUUCGUGGUAAGACAGAGAGUUUAAAUAGACAGACAGAAGAAAGCCAGAGAGAUGUCAUGAUGUAGUAGGUUCUGAAGGUCAAACUGGUGAUCAUUCAAUAUAGUUAUUCCGUUAUUCAGCUAUCCAGUCGGUUAAACUAUCGCUCAGUCGGUCAUGGCAAACGAUCGCUCGGUCGACUACUGAGUCUGCCAUUCGAUCGGUCGGUCAGCCGAUGAGAUAAUCUGUUUCCAGAGCAUACAGUAUAAACAUCCAGGCAGUUAGAAGAGUCUGCUCGGUUCCAGCUGUGUCGCAUUCAACUGGAAAGUCAAUUGAACAAGUCAGUAGUGUUGGAUCGAUCACUGAGCUUGUUGAACAACCUUAACACCUAUCUCAACUGCUGAUAACAAACCGAUAUUUCUUUUGCAGACCCACCAAACCCACCCGAUAUAAAAGCGAUAUCCAAAGUUCUUGCGUUAAACAUAACUUGGCACUCAUCAAUUGAGGACAGCAAAAUUGAAAUACUGGAUUACAGAAUAAAGGUUAUAGAUAGUAUCACACACAGACAAGAAAAUGAAUAUACCGGAAUAAGAAAUACAUCACUACUUAUUGAAAACUUAAGAAGAAACAAGACGUACAUUGUAUUCAUCCAGGCAAGAAACGAAGCUGGCUACGGACAGUUUGCAAACACCAGCGCAACAACUCUUCUACCAGGUGCAAUAAAUUGUCAUACAAAAGUAACGGAUAAAAAAUUAUAUUUUUGGUAAAAAAAAUCGGCGGGAGUGGCUCGUCGACAAAGCCAAUAAACGAUAAAAAUCAAUAACAGCCCCGUAAAUCGUGUUUAACUGGAUCAGUUGCUUUAUUCAUCCGUUUUUGCCUGAAAUACACUGACUCUUAGAAUAGUCAUAGCAAUUUGGGAAAGAAAACAAAAUGGGUUGUUACCGUCCUAGAGCAGCUGCAUUCUACAUGUUGAUAAUUAUGUGGAGCCAAGUUUGUUUCCAUUUGAGUAAAUCAACCAAAAACGGCCCAGAAAGUUAGACCUUAAAUGAAGGAUCCCAGAAGAUCACGAGUCUAAUUUUCAUCCAGAGUGCUUAGCAUUUGACGAUCCUCUAAUCAUCCGACUUAGAAAACGCAAGCUAUGUUAUAUACCUUUUUAUCAUAAUACUUCAUAGGUCGAGUUCCUUCGUUAAGAUUGGUUUUCUCUCUUUUUGUCCUCGAUAUGCCAGGGCCACCAGACACACCUUUUAUAUCAAACAUCAGUGUUGUUGGAAAACGCUGUUCACUGCAUUGGAGGACACCAUACAAUGGUGAAAGCCAGAUAAAGAUUUAUAUCGUGCAUCUCUGGGUACUAAUAACCGCGGCAAAUGGCUCAUCGCACAAGGAACAUUUGAGUUCCUGGAAUACUACAGAAAUGAGUUACGCUUUGGAUCUAGAUUGGGACCGAAACUACUCGGCGGCCAUAUCAGCUUGGAACAAGUAUGGCGAGAGUUUAGGGUUGUCUUUGAUGGAGAGACAAUUUAGCACUGCGAAAGAACCUGAAGGUAACUGAUACGUGUUGAUAAAGGCAUGUAUAACCUUAUUGAUUAAUUUAUUAUCAAGUAAGGUGGCUUAAGUUAAUGCCGCAUAGUAAAGACCUACGUGAUGUCUUCAACCUCAGAGAGCUGCGCUAGUCAAGAAACCAUCUAAAGCUCAAAAAUUGUGCUCACGUAGAUCAAAUCUUACUUUUUCAGAAGAAAGCACGACAACAGAGUCCAGCACUACCGUCACUUUACCGCACACUACGUAUUCCCCUUCAGAAGGUAGGACUCGAAUACUGCCAAUCUUGCCUUUUAAGUCAUGAAGCCGUGUGAAAUAAAAACGUGGCAAAGAAUACAGAGCACCAAGUCACUUUCUUAACUUAAAAGAAAAAUGUCCACCCGUCCGAAAACCUGAAGAAUUGCUUGAGUGAAGGGGGGCCUUUUGAUGCCUGAUGCCCUUGCUUUUUCAUCCACAUGGAGAGGCAACAUUUCUCAUCGCUUAUUGAUGUAGAAAACUGUAGAUUAACAAGCUCAUGUACUAUGGUCUAACAAGUCGAGUGCAGACCUCGUUAACUGAUAGAAAAAUUUUUUAAAAUCAAAUCUUAAUCUUUUCUUAAAUCAAAUCUCACUUUUCCAGAAGAAAGUACGACGGCAGAGUCCAGUACUGCAGUCACUUUACGACACACUACGUACUUCCAAUCAGAAGGUAGGGACUUAAGUCAUGAAGCCUUCUAAGCCGAGUGAAACAAAAACGUGGCAAAGAAGACAGAGCACCAAGUCACUUUCUUAACUCAAGAGAAAAAUGGCCACCCGGCUGGAAACCUGAAGAAUUGCUAGAGUGAAUGGGGGGGGGGGAUCUCCACAUGGAGAGCCAAUAUUUCUCGUCGCCUAUUGAUGUAGAAAACUGUAGAUUAAGUUCAUGUACUACGGUCCAAUUAGUCGAGUGCAGACCUCGUUAACUGAUAGAAAAUUUUCUUUUAGUGACAGUUGAUGAAACGAUAAUCAUAUUUCCGCGAACCAGCCACCAUUCCCAUCCCAGUCCCCAAUAAAAAUGUUGAGUAAACCCUUUAACUCCCAUGAAUGACCAAGACACAAUUUCUUCUUACAAUAUCAAUACGAUAUCAACCAGAUAAGUGAUGAGUAUAAGGAAAAAUAACAUUCAGUAAUCCGAGCUAUCCAUACCCGUUCUAAGACACAAUCAUCUGUGACUUUCUUAUAGGAUUAUCAAGCAGCACCGUAGUAUCUCUGACGGAGUUACCUGUAAUAACACAAGGUAUAUAUUUCACCCUUUUAAUGUCCAUAAGGUCUAGAAAUUUUUCGAGAACUGUUGUUUAUCAUGAUACAGAAAUUAAAAAAAAAAUGAAAUAGAUUUAUGUCUAUAAGUGUGUUAUCAGUUUUCGUAACGGUGCACAGAGAGGUCAAUUGAGUGCACGUUCUCUGUUCCUAUCAAGCGAUUUGAACAUCUAUCGCUUUCUUUUUAGACGAAUCUUACAUUAUAAUUCCGACUUGGAUCACUUCUUUUCCUCAGACUAUUUCCCUUACAGAUGACGACAGUUGCUCUAAUUAUUAUCUAGUGUUUAUCUCUGUUUGAAAUGAAUUUGAGAUGUUUUAAUGAAGAUUCGUUUUUUCUUUAAUUACUGUCUACUAACGCAUUUUUUCUACCUUUCUCAUUAAGAAUUAAAAGGAUCUAGCGCCGAGAGAAAAAGCGAAAAGGAUACGUUUGCUUACCUUCUUCCACUGUGGAUUAUCUUACUGGCAUUCGCAGUGCCUAUAAUUUUUUUCCUGUCCUGGAAAGCAUCUAAAAAGAGUAAGUGGAUCUUUUUGGUGUCGAUUUUAGUAUAUACCACAUGACAGGGUGAAUAGUGUUCUUUCGCGGGCAGUGAUUGGCUGGUUCGGAUGGGAGCAGUAAGUACUAUUCUAUUCCGAGCAGCCGAAGGGACAAAAUCGCCUGCCAACAAUUUAAUUUCCGACCAUUUUUGGUAUAUUGACAUAGACAAACAAAUUUUUUUGGUUUCUAUGCGGCAUAUACUAAAACCAUUAUUUGCUACGAUGUCGGUGAAAACAGUAGAUAUUUACUUCCAAUUCGGUUAUUAAUUGUUAGAUAGUACAUUUCGAAAAGUUAUCGUGAGACUGAAACCAAAGUAAUCAUACAGCGCGAAGGUUUGUUUCCAUCUAUUAAACAGUAGUGAAAACCAACAUCGAAAUAUUUGCGUACAUUUCAGUUGCUUACAAAUUUUUGAAACUCUGGCCGUAAUCACGAGUAUUAAAAUUAUCUAUGUCAGUGUAUUUUGUUGUGACGAAUAAUUAAAUUCUGAGGCUUUGCUGUUGUGUCUCAUAUCAAAAAAGAAGUAUGUAUGUUCUCCAAUGACAUCACUAGUUAUGAACAGCUAAAUAUUAGUAAAUAACAGCUUGAAUAAUCAAUUGCUUUUCAGUCACUCGCUGCCGCGGUCUGAAAGUGACAGAUUUUGACGGGUAAGUAUGCCAACCAUGACAACCAGAUCUCCAUUGGUCUGAAAUAGACCGUUUUACUCGAUAGUAUUCUCGAAAACAUUUUGUCCUCCUUCCAAUAAAUAAUACACUCGCUUGACCGAGGCACAAACUGCGUUUCAUUAACGGGUUCACUUCAGCCAAUAUUACCGAGGCUUUCUUACAUGAAACAUAAUCAAAGCAAUGGUAUGUUUUCCCCUCGAAUUACUUGACAGAUUUUAAGAUGUAAGUAUACAAUUUUUUCUUGUGCUUAAUCUGCGUCGCUUUGCUGCGUUGUUCUUUUUCCAGAGCUUUGCACACGCCAUGCAUUCACUGAGUAAGAGCAUCGCCUUUUCGGGUUUUUUUUUCAUCUUCCACGUUCUCACCCCGUUCUUCGUCUUCAAAUCAUCACGAUCGACCGUUUACCUCUUUCUCUCUCUGUUUAUUUCUAUAGAGAUUGUGAGCAAGGCAAUGCAUUCUCGCUGAGUAAAAUGGAAAAACUGAAGGAAAGAAGGGUAAAUAUUUCUAGUAUUCUUAUAGGUCUUUCACCCUACGAAUAGUUUGCUAUGGCUUAAUAAUUGUCUCGAAUGAAGUGGAGUUAGUCUCCAACUCGCAAAACACGUGUCUUAAUCAGCGAUGUUACAAGGGCGUAGCAAGGGGGGUCCUGGGGUGCCCGUGCCCCACCUUCCCCUUUGUUAGCCUUUCUUUGUCACAUUAAGUAAAACAGAGUAGUGGAGUACCCUCUGUGUGACAAAGUAUGCCUCCCCCCCCUCCUUCUGAAAAAUCCUGGCUACACCCCUGUGUUAUGGACCAAAAAUUUAGCCGCGCCAUACUGUGGCGUUUAUAUGACUCCGUUGAUGAAAGUUAAUGCGAUCUUGUGAAGUAUUUCAAAGCCAUUUUUUUUAAAGGCUGAAUUGAAGGUAAACGGUAUUAAUUACCUAAUUCCAUUCCAGAUUUCCAAACACUACGAGACUUUAAUAGAAGAUUUAGAAGGGCAUCGUAAUCAUGGUCACUGCAUGGAGGACGAAAGUGUCAUAGACAAUGGGAACCCUGUGACAGAUCACCAACAGAUCCCAGGAAGCAUUGGGACGUGUGAUCAGACUUACGAGAAACCAGACAGUCCUGGUUCAAAACAGGUUAGAUGCAGCAUAGAAUCAAGUUAUAUCGACUAAAAAAUCAAUCACCGGAAAAAAAAGACUAUCACUUAAACUGCGCGACUUAUUGAGCUUCAAUUAUAUAUAUAUAAAUGAAUGUGGGGUUAGAGUCUACCUUGGCAUAAAGUGCUCAAUGCUGCGGUAGCAGAGCUAAGUAUACGUAAGUUAAAGAAUCAAAGAGGACGCAUCGAUUCUAUGUGACUCAGAGUUUCGCGCCUAAGCGCUCGUCAGACAGAACUUUUCAUAUAUAUAUGUAUGUAUGUAUGUAUGUAUGCGUGUAUGGGUGCAUGUAUGCGUGUAUGUAUAUAUGUAUAUAUAUAUUUUAAUUUUUAACCGAACAAAACUCAGACUUCGCUUCUCAAGGGAUCCUGGACUUGAAGAAAAAUCAUUAGGCCCACCAAUCUCACCAACACGUCACAUUAAGCUGAGAGUAAAGAUGAAUCAGCGCCCUCUUGAGCGAAGAGUUUCUUUUCUUUUUAUUUUCCAGGACUCCAUCGAUCUGACGAAAGAUGAUGCAAAACCCUUUGAGAACUUCCAAAUGGCGCUUAAAUGAAGACAAAGGCCAAUCCAGGCUCUUCGGAUGAUGAUCUGAUGCAGCAAUGGAACGUGCUCUGGAUGAAAUUCCAGUAUUCCUUGUCGACUUUUCUUAAACAGUACAUUUUACUUCAAGUCAGCACCAAUCUUUUUAUAAUCAACAUUAAUUACAAUUUAGUACAAUUUACUAAACAUAAUGAGGAAAUUUAUUGGUUGUUUUUUGACGUAAAGAAAACAAAUUAGUGGUAAAUAGCUGUGAAACUGCAAAAUUAGACGACUUUUUAGUUCUUGAACUUGAGCAUUGUAACAUACUCCUUCGUGGGCAAUAUGAUUAGCUUUCAGCCGUGUGAUUCACUCAGGAAUCACACCAGCUUUUUUUUCUUUUUUUCGUUGUGAAUUAGAUUGGAAAACUAGAAAGUUAAAAAAAUCAGAUUUGUAGGUUUUUCAAAGUUAAACAUUAAAAUUGUAGGGAAAUUAACACCAGGACUUUAACAUGGUCGUAUUAAAGCUAGUGGCGAUUGAACUUAGUGUUGUGCAAGUUUGGUAUAAAAUUGUACAUGUGAUUUCAAAUCGAACUCGCGCUAUUUGAUGUUUUAAUUCUAUGUUAUAAAUGAUAUGUUGUACUAUAGUUUUUAAGAAAAAGGUGCAAUAAAAAUUGUGUCUAUCCACGAUUAUACACGCGUUUUAAUUGUUUUUACAAAUGAUCAGUAUUGGAGGACACACGCAUAGGUGACGUCAUCAUUAGCAACAUUUUGACGUCAUCUUUGAUCUGUUACUUGACAGAAGACCUCAUCUAAGAUUUAUGUUUUUUCUGGGGAG